UCUUCGCUUCCAACAGUGUUGGAGCAUAGAGUUGCAGAAUCAGAAUAGAAUGGGAUCUUCGUCAAUGUCUCAUACUCAUGGCUUUCACAACAUCUUUGUAUACGGAAGUCUGUUGGCCGACGACGUAGUGCGCGCGCUAUUAAAGCGCGUCCCUGAAUCUUCUCCCGCCAUCCUUCACGACUACCAUAGGUUUAGCAUAAAAGAACGUGUUUAUCCUGCAAUUCUACCUGUGGAGAAUACAAAAGUUACAGGAAGGGUGCUCUUUGGUAUCACAGAUCCUGAGUUACAUGUUUUUGAUUCUUUUGAGGAUGUUGAGUAUGAAAGGAGCACUGUUGAUGUCUCUUUGAUAGAAAAUUCUAAGAGAUUACAAGUCUACGCCUAUGUUUGGGGAAACAAAAAUGAUCCAAAUUUGUAUGGGGAAUGGGAUUUUCAGGAAUGGAAGAAAAUGCACUUUAAUGAUUUUCUCAAGAUGACCGUUGGUUUCCUGGAAGAACUAGAGCAACCUGAAUCGAAAACAAGGGUGGAAACGUAUGAAUCCUUCUAUCAGCCGGCUGACGAGAAGCCCAACAUGCCUUGAUGUGGCUCCUCUUAUUAGUAAAUCCUUAAGGAGGUAGCAAGUCAGCAUGAAAGGGGGAGAGCAAGGGGGAUGUUUGCUUUGGACGGAAUG